AUGAUCGACACCAUCUCUGCGCCACCUUUGGCGCAGGGGAGUGGACCCUCGAGCGUCCCUUUUGUCCACCCGCGGACACUGCGACGUUCCAUCCAAGUGGGACGAGGAAUUUGGCGCUUCACCGUGCUCGCCCUCCAUGCAUCGAACGCAUCAAACACCUCGGCCUCACUGCUGCUGGCGGAGCCUCUCACGGCGCGGACGCAUCAGUUGCGCGCACAUCUGGCGGCAGCUGGCUGGCCCAUCGUUGUUCCCAGCGAGUGGAAUACUGCGAGCGCCAGCGGCACGCCGGAUCCGGCGACAGUUCGGAAGCCUCAGCACCGCGGGAUCCGACCAAACGUGGAGAGCUACCAGGACCCGACCAUCGGGGUCGGGUCUUUGUGCAUAGCGCCUUCGACCCAAUGGCCGGCGCAGUGA